AAACAAUAACUAGGUAGAUAUUUAAUCCUAUCUAAAUGUUAUAACAGUAGGAAUAAUGUGUAUAAAAUGAGUUAGUUGUGUGUUUACCUAUCUUUAUUACAGUUUACGUAACCUUGCUUAAUUCGAAAGAAUGAAAAUAUUGUUUGAAUUGGGCGUACUUUUGUUUUUCAUUUUACGUGUUAAUGGCGAUGAAACCGAUUAUUGUUACGAAAAGGAUGAAAAUCCUUACAGAAACUUUUCUACAUGGACAGCCUUUAAUGAUGUGAGGGCAUGGUGGUAUAAAAACGAAUUAGAAUCUGGAUGCAAACCAAUUUAUGUAUGGAGUUUGCUGAAACAUGGAGUGAGAAGUUUCACAAGUGAAGAAAUUAAAAGAAGUAACGAUCUAUGGAGAAUUGUUUGGGAUAUCAAAAAAAAUUACGAAGAAAAACGCAGCACAUUGUGUUGGGAUGAUUACGAUAAAAUACGUUCAUCUUUUUGGAAAAAGGCUUUCGAUAAAAUCGAAAGUGAAAAGUUGGUGGAAAGAGCAUACUUUGAUCAUCAAUUUCAUGCUUCUCAUAUGAAAGGUUUCAUCGACUCCGCUCAUAUAAUACUCACCAAGGAUUAUUUUGAUUUUCAGAUCAGUAAAUCUAAAGGAGCAAAUGACACUGCAAUUAAAUUUUCUAACGAGUUAUUAAAUACUUACCAAGUCAAAGAUUUGAAGGAAAAUGGAAUCGUUGUGAAUGAUACGUUGUUACGGACGAGAAGCAAUUGUUCCAAAUGGACUGCCAACAAUACAGAAGCCGAUGCCUUUAUUCAAUCAUCUGUUUUUCAGUUCGUGCGUCUAAAAGUGAGCACCAGAUUAGGAUUUACUUCUCCACUCUCCGUUGAAAAUAUCACAGCAAUUUACGAAUCAUGUGCGUUAUGGAGAAAUCUUAUACUAUUCACGAAGGCUCGACCGCUUUGUGCAGCUUUUACACCAGAUGAUUUGAAAGUUAUGGAAUACUAUCUAGACUUAAAACACUAUUACGAGUUCGGAUAUGGUAAUUCUCUGAGCAAGAAGAUAGGAUGCUCAUUAGUUAAAGAUAUGUUGAAUAAACUGCGGUAUCAUGGCGAACUUCCUGCUGGAGAUUCAGUUAAUAAACAGAAAAAAGGAACAUUCUAUUUUGCUGACGAUGAAAACCUAAUGGGUAUGAUUACAAAAAUGGGCCUAUACCAUGAUGAUGUGCCUCUGAAACAUGAUAAUUAUCAAUUCCAAAAAAGAAAUAGAAAAUGGAGGUCUUCUUCGUUGAGUCCUUUCACUGCAACUUUACAUGUAGUUCUAUUCAACUGUAACAAUAACGAAAAAACGAUCGAAUUUUUCCUCAAUCGCAACAAUAUCAAAUACGGUGCGUGCAAAGAUAUCGCUAGCAACAGAUGCCCACUGAAAACUUUCUUGGCAGAAGUGCAAAAAAAUAUUGAAGAGAAGGAUUGCGAUGAAGACUUCUGUAAAGCUUCUGGGAACAGUACGAUUAGUUAUAGUUUCAUCGUCAUGAUAGGAUGUUUCUUAGUCAGUCGAUUGUGAAAUUUGAAAUACCUAUCUAGGUAUGUUGAAUAAAUAGAUUUAUUGUAUUUUCAUUAACAAUUUUUUGGGGUAAAAAUACAUCAUUUUGAUUCGAA